GACCCAGCUAAUGGAUGUCAGAGAUGUCAGAUGUGACUGUACUGCUCGUGUUCGUCAUGGCGCCGUUGCAGCGCGGAUGAGUACGGACUUUUUCUCUUUUAAACUCCCCCGUUAAGCUCACAUAACUCCUGUAUGUUUCGUUUUUACCGUCGAAUUUGAGUCCUUUUCGCCUGGAUCGGAAGCGGCCAUGACCGUGGAGCAGAAUGUCCUGCAGCAGCACUCUCAGAAGCACCAGCAGACAUUACUGAACCAGCUGAGGGAAGUUACUGGAACUACAGAUGUUCAGCUGUUACAGCAGGCACUGCAGGUCAGUAAUGGUGACCUAGUGGAGGCGGUUGCCUUUCUCACUGAGAAAAACGCCAAGGUCCCGCAGCAAGAUGAAGCCACCUAUUACCAGACGGCCCAAAUCACCAACGACAGAUACAUCAGCGUGGGCAGCCAGGCUGACACAAAUGUAAUUGAUCUGACUGGAGAUGAUAAAGAUGACCUCCAGCGGGCCAUCGCUCUCAGUCUGGAGGAGUCAAACAGAGCCUUCAGGGAGACGGGCAUCACCGAUGAAGAGCAGGCUAUCAGCAGAGUCCUGGAGGCGAGUAUCGCGGAGAACAAGGCCAGCCUGAAGCGAACACACACAGAAGUGUGGAGCGAUUCACCAAACCCUCACGAGCGCAAGAGGCUGGAGAACUGUCCUGUAGGCCUGAAGAAUGUGGGAAACACUUGCUGGUUCAGUGCUGUUAUACAGUCUCUUUUUAACCUGCUGGAGUUUCAGAGGCUGGUGUUGCAUUAUUCCCCUCCUGCACGGAUGCAGGACCUGCCCCGCAAUCAAAAGGAGCACAGGAACCUGCCCUUCAUGCAGGAGCUCAGGCAUCUCUUCUCCUUGUUGGUGGGCUCCAAGCGGAAGUACGUGGACCCAUCCAGGGCCGUGGAGAUCCUCAAAGAUGCCUUCAAGUCCAGUGAGUCUCAGCAGCAGGAUGUGAGCGAGUUCACCCAUAAACUCUUGGACUGGCUGGAGGACGCGUUUCAGAUUAAAGCAGAAGAGGACAGGGAGGGAGAGAAACCCAAGAACCCGAUGGUUGAGCUGUUUUAUGGACGUUUCCUGGCUGUGGGCGUCCUGGAGGGAAAGAAAUUUGAGAACACCGAGAUGUUUGGCCAGUAUCCUCUCCAGGUGAACGGCUUCAAAGAUCUACACGAGUGUUUAGAGGCCGCCAUGAUAGAGGGAGAAAUCGAGUCUUUGCAUUCUGCAGAAAACUCCGCCAAAUCAGGCCAAGAGCACUGGUUCACAGAGCUUCCACCAGUUUUGACCUUUGAACUGUCCAGGUUUGAGUUUAAUCAAGCCUUAGGGCGACCUGAGAAGAUUCACAAUAAGCUUGAGUUUCCUUCUAUGCUGUACAUGGACAGGUACAUGGACAGGAACCGGGAGAUCACACGGAUAAAGCGAGAGGAGAUCAGAAGACUAAAGGAGCACCUGACCGUCCUCCAGCAGCGACUCGAGAGGUAUCUGAGUUAUGGGUCAGGGCCCAAGCGCUUUCCUCUGGCCGAUGUUCUCCAAUAUGCAAUGGAGUUUGCGUCCAGUAAACCAGUGUGCACGUCUCCAGUGGAGGACAUUGAUACAACAGCACCACCUGGUGGCACGACUGCGCAGCUGCCACCGCCACCAAGCGCAGGGGAACAGCCGGAUGCGUGUGUCUCAGCCGAGGGCUCCGGCUCUGGUAUGCAGGCUCCGCAACAGCAGCAGCAGCAGAGGGUUUCCAUCCAUAAACCGUUCACACAGUCUCGAGUGCCACCGGAUCUGCCCAUGCAUCCCGCUCCUCGGCACAUCACCGAGGAGGAGCUGCGGGUGCUGGAGAGCUGCCUGCACCGCUGGAGGAGCGAGGUGGAGAACGACACCAGAGAUCUGCAGGCCAGCAUAUCCAGAAUCCACAGAACCAUCGAGCUCAUGUAUUCUGACAAGUCUAUGAUGCAGGUGCCGUAUCGACUACAUGCUGUUCUGGUCCACGAGGGUCAGGCGAAUGCCGGUCACUACUGGGCCUACAUUUAUGACCGUCACCACCAGCGCUGGAUGAAAUACAAUGACAUUGCAGUGACAAAGUCAUCAUGGGAAGAGCUGGUGCGGGACUCGUUUGGUGGAUAUCGUAACGCCAGCGCUUACUGCCUCAUGUACAUCGAUGAUAAAAAACCCUUCCUUAUUCAAGAAGAGUUUGAUAAAGAGACGGGGCAGAUGCUCAGUGGUUUGGACAAGCUUCCUCCUGACCUGAAGGAGUUUGUGGAGGCAGAUAACAAGCUCUUCGAGAGGGAAAUUGAGGAGUGGGACGCUUUACAGGCCCGUAAACUCCAGCAGGAGAAGCUGGCUCUGGCCGCCGCUGCUGCUGCAGCCGCUGCUGCUAGUGUGGCCGUCCAGCCAAUGAGCACUGAGCCCUGCUCUCCAGACAACACAGUAGCUCCUCAGCAUGACCCAGAGUACAUGGAGCAGCAGUCGCCCAGCGGAGACUCCAAACACCUGCAGGAGGACACAGAGAGAGCCAUCAGCAAAGCUGCAGCGGAGCACGAUGAGAAGAGUCCCGAAGCCCUGCUCAAUACAUCUCAGUCAUCUCAUCCCGACAGCGAGGUGACCUCUGACCCCUGCCCUCCUCCUGACCCCGAGCAGGACGACCCUACCUGCCCUCCACCCGGCCCUCAGCGGGUGGUGGAGGUGGCCAUUCCUAAUGUAGGGACCUUCGUCAUUCAGUCGAAAGAGGGAGGUUAUGAUGACGAGGCGAUGAUGACCCCAAACAUGCAGGGUAUCAUAAUGGCCAUUGGCAAAUCCAGGAGUGUUUAUGACAAGUGUGGGCCUGAAGCAGCGUUCUUCAAGGCGAUGAAGGUUGAGUACACACGUUUGCUGAGGCUUGCUCAGGAGGACCCACCGCCCGAAAGAGACUACCGGCUACAGCACGUCAUUGUGUACUUUAUUCACAAUGAGGCGCCCAAGAAGAUUGUGGAGAGAACAUUACUCAUGCAGUUCGCUGACAGAAACCUUGGCUUCGAUGAGAGGUGUAAAAGCAUCAUGAAAGUGGCACGAGCUAAACUGGAGCUCAUCAAGCCUGAUGAGGUGAAUAUGGAGGAGUACGAGAUGUGGCAUCAGGACUACAGGCUUUUCCGUGAGACGUCAGUGUUCCUGUUGAUUGGCCUAGAAUUAUUCCUGAAGAAAAGUUUUGUGGAAGCGCUGAUGUACUUGAUCUAUGCCUAUCAGUACAACAAAGAUCUCCUGGCGAAAGGGCCGUACAGAGGCCAUGAUGAGGAGCUGAUUGCACAUUACCGCAGAGAGUGCCUGCUGAAGUUGAACGAAUACGCUGCCGCUUUGUUCGAGACUGGCGAGGAGGCUAAGGUGAACACAGGUCUGAGCAUCAUGAACGAUCUGGUAGUGCCCUGUCUUCCUCUGUUACUGGUGGAUGAGAUGGAGGAGAAGGACAUGGUGGCUGUUGAGGAUAUGAGGAACCGAUGGUGCUCAUACCUGGGCCAGGAAAUGGAGCCGAAUCUUCAGGAGAAGCUGACCGACUUCCUACCCAAACUGCUGGACUGCUCGACUGAGAUCAAAAGCUUUCACGAGCCGCCCAAACUGCCCUCUUACUCCACGCUGGAGCUGUUUGAGCGUUUCGGCAGGGUCAUGACGUCCCUCACUAUGGGUCGAACCCCUGCUGACGGCAGAUGAGCGGCUCAGACUUCAUCUCCUCUCCACUAACACACACACGCCUUCCUUAAAGCAGGACUUUCUCAAACCUGCUCACCUUUCCUUUCACUUUUGCUGCUAGAGAUUUUAUCCUUAUUGGUAUUAUUAAUAUUAUUUUUCGAGGAUUCUGUUAUGUUUUACAGCUAAUGCAACAGUAAGGAUGGCGUGAAGCUGAGCAGAAGCAAAGAAAGAAUGCAUUAGAUGGAUAGUUCACCUAAAAAUAAAUGUUAUAAAGGAUUUGAAGGUAAUUGAAUAACAAAUGAUCAUUUUGGCGUGAACUAUCCCGGGUUUCAUGGUGGUGCUUUAGACAUUGGCGCAUGCAGCUUUAGCUUUGUGAAACGAGGUUGAGGAUUCAUUUCAAUAUUUGGUUUUAUUUUUAGUUUUAUCCCCUCCCCUUCGUUCCUUUUCACACCGGAAGCAGAUCGAUCUGCCGUUUUGUUACAGUGUUACCACA